AUGCCCUUCCGUUGUAGAACAACUUUAGUACUACUUGCAAUCAUCCUGAUUGAGGCCUCCUUUGGCCUUUGUCCAUCACAAUUUGACUCUACCAAGGCUAACAAGAAUAACAACAUCAAUGUUCAUGAUAUAAAUCAAAAGGAAGGCGAGCAACACUCCAGACGACAGUUUGCGUCGGAUAUUGCCAAACCGAUCCUUGGAUCUUUCAUUAUUGGUUCGGCGCCCACAAGUGCACAUGCAUCCGUCCCAAAGUCUAGAUCAGAAGGUUAUGACGUGCAAUUGAGCGAUGCAGAAUGGAAGAGCAAGCUGACUCCAAGACAGUAUGAAAUAUUGAGAGAGGGAGGCACGGAACGACCCUACACUUCGAUUUUGGAAGGUGAAGAGAGAGCUGGAAAGUAUUCCUGUGCUGGCUGUGGGACCGAACUUUUUACUUCGGAAUCAAAGUUCCACAGUGGAACGGGUUGGCCUAGUUUUGCAACUGGGUUGAAAGGCGUCGAAGUGAAGCAAGUGAGCAAAUUUGAAGCCAAUUUGGCAGGUGCCGAGAUUCGAUGUGCCACAUGUGGUGGACACCUCGGAGAUGUGUUCAACGACGGAUGGAUCUUUCCUGGGACGCCUGCUUAUGAUAGCGGAAAACGAUUUUGCGUGGAUGGAUCGGCUCUAGUAUUUCGACCGAUUCAAGGUGACGAUAUCAUGGAUGGUUUUCAUAAUCGCAUAUUAGUGCAGCAAGCACAUCACAGUGGCUAUCGACGAGGAGACAGCAGGAGCUACUGUCGUGGAAGCAGGUCCAAUGGUUUGGUAGGUUUUGGCUCGGAUGCUGAGCUCGACACGUUAUCAAGCGCUGAGGAUAAAUUCGCCCCACACAUUGCUAUACCUGGUGGUGGAAUCUAUUUCUAUUGGCAAGCUGGCGUCAUUACGUUUCUUCGUGAAGAAGGCUACGAUCUUUCGAAGUGUACUUAUACAGGUGCUUCUGCUGGAGCCUUGACGGCGACGCUGGGGAUUACCAAUGUAGAUUUUUACGAUGCCACAGAUUUGGCAUUAUCUCUGGCUGGAAAAGCAGGGGUUUGGGACCGAAAGGGUGGCUUGCAAGGGAUAUGGGGACCCAUGGUGGAAGAAUGGUUGGAAGGUUUAAUACCGUCCGAUUCCAUUGAGAAUUUGAAUGGGAGGCUAUCUCUGCUUGGUAUGCUGUUGCUGCAUUGGUGUUUUCGAGGGCUGAAUGAAAAUGGUAUGCUAACCCCCUCUCUUGACCAUCAUCCAUCCACAGUGACACCAAUACCCUCAUUUGGGAAAGAAAAAAUUUCAGACUUCAAGAGCAAAAGUGAUCUGGUAAAGUGCAACAUGGCGAGUGUGCAUUUGCCAUGGUUCUUGGACGGUAGAUUAACUUGUGACUUCCGAGAUCGACCCCACAUUGACGGAAGUUUUCUAGCAAGACCUGGUGAUUUUCUGCACCCCAAGCGAAACGAGAAUAAUGAUUCCUUGCUGAUCUUGGAUUGGCAGGAGGACCCUGUGCUUAAUUCGAAAGGUAGUUUUGAUUUUGUGGAAGCUCUUUCGCCGGAUGGGAUCUAUGGACUUUUGGAAUAUGGAAAGAAGCACGCCAAACGAAUGGAGGAACAAGGCAGAUUUGCAUCAUUGAGAAAGGUAUAA